AUGAAGGACGAAGCACUGAAAGAGCGUUUGCGACUUCUACGUCAAGGAAAGCAACCCGAAGCAGCAACCCCAAACAGUUUGUCUUCUCCUCCCCUCAAUACAUCUGCACCGAGGACGAAACCUCGAACCGCAAAAGCGAUCACACCACAAGGCUCAGCUACUUCUUCAACCUCACCAGAACAAGCUGAUCCGGAUCAAGACUUGAUCGAACGGCUUCGCAAGCUUCAUUCUCAGGACGCAUCGCAGCCAUCGAAAGCAGAACAGGUCCUGCCCAUUCAGACAGAAGAGUCCCAACCUGUCAAGCCUCGCGACGAGCAAGACGAGAUCGACGCUUUGAUUCAGUCAACGCGAGAUCAACUCGACCUGGAACAAUUUACAGGAGACAACGUCUUGGACUCCUACGACGCCGACCCUGACCAUCUCUCAGACUCGGACCUGGAACGAGACAUCGACGCCGUCAACAGAGACACAGCAGAUAUUGUCAACGCUGUUCGUGACGAACUUGCUCUCGAAAGACGCUCCGCUGUAACACCAACCCUUGAAGAACCUGAAGACUCAGAAGUGGCCGAACCACAAGAUCAACCAACCAUGGUGCGCUCCAAUUCAGAGAUCGAGCAAGCUCUUGCGGAUGCCUCGCAAGACUCCGACUUCUUCGCUUCCAACAAUGCCUUUAUUGAGAACUCUCAGCCCCAGCCCGCUGCUGGUCCCUCCAAAGGCCGUCGCAACUUCCUCGACGGGCGCUUCUUCUUCGUGGCCAUGGUCAGCUUGCUCAUCAUCGCCGUCUCCGCCGUACCAGGCGCUUACGCCUUCGGUGCUGGUAACAUCCCCUCUUUCGCUUACAUGGAGGGUAAGGCCUUCCGUCACGGUGAUAUCGAGGACAUCCUCGAAGAGCUCGCCAAGAAGGUUGGUGGCUCGCUCUUCGGUUCGAGCAAGUUCGGCGGCUUGGAUAUCAAGCGCACCUACUUCGGUAACUGGCUGCGAGACUACAGUCAGGCCAUGGACGUCGCUUCCUUGCAAAAGAUGUCGAAGCAAGCUGUUCUCAACAUCGUCAUGGUGCUCGGCUUCUUGGCUCACGGCUACGCCACUGCCGAGUUCCAGGUUACAGACGAGAGACUCGGCGUGUACUUGCCCGAAGAGCACCUCGAUAACCCUAAGGGCUACGCUGACGGCAAGGAUGCUCGCGAGUACGAUCCUCGUCUUCGUGAGCCUAUCAACCCCGAAGAGCUCGAGAUCGACUCCCGUUCUGGCAUGAAGAACUACCUCGCCAACGAGAACGGUAACUGGCGAACUGGUUCAGGACUCAUCCGAAAGACGCUUGUGCGUGUCAUUGAAACUGGUCGACAGGCCCGUGACAGUGGACGAGAUGAAGACAUGUACGAGGCAUACCGUCUUCUCGGUCAGGCACUCCAUACUCUCGAGGACUUCCCCGCUCACAGUAACUGGACCGAACUCGCUCUCCACCGUCUUGGCCACCACAAUGUCUUCCUUCACGUCGGUGACAAUGUCAAGGUCCGUGCUCCUGACGGAACCCAGGUUGCGCCCAUCGUUACUGGUACCUUCGGAAGCGCCGACUUCAUCCAUUCUCUCCUCGGUGAAGCUCAGGACCAUCUCUCCGAAGCCUCGAUUUCCGAUCUCAACAAGGCCAUGGACGACGCCAAGAGGAAGUCGAGCGGUACCAACCGCAGCCCCAUCCAGGAUCUUCUCGGAAUGCUCGCCAAGAUCCCCGGUGGUGGAGGCGACAACGCCUCUCGCGACCUCGAGGAUGUUUCACGUGGACCCGUCUCGAACCCCGCCGACAUGUCACCUCAAGAGAUGCACGCCAACCUGUGGAAGAUCCUCGAGCUCCGUGACCGCAUCGUCAAGAGCAUCGAAGGCACCAUCGAAAAGAUCCCCGGUCUCAGCAGUCUCGUGGAGAAGCUUUUCAAUGAGCUCAACAUCUUUGUCUUUACUCUCAUCGAGCCUUACGCCAAGCCUAUCAUGCAGCAAGGUAUGAACGCUCUCAAGAUGGGUUCCGGUGCUGUCAUUAACAAGCAGGAGCAGUUCGAGGUGUUUGACAACCCCAACGCCUCCGACCCCACCCACUCGAUGCUUAGCAAGGACCACUUCGGUCUCAUUCUUAACGAAGUUGCCGGCAACGUUGCCAAAAUCAUCGUCCGCAACACCGUCACCAAGAUAGUCAAGGCAUGGGAUGACCGUGGCCAGGACCCUCACCGGGUUGCUGAUGAGUGUCUUGCUGUCAUGUUCCACCCUUACUGGUUCAACGGCGCGGCUCAAGUCCAGAAGGAGAUGAUAAACUACGUUGCUGACUGGGCUAGGAACCACUCGACCGAGAUCGGACGUCUUAGCAAGCAAAGCGUUCGUGCUCACUCCAACACUCGUAGUGGUAAGGCCGAGCCUCACACGCACGGUGACGACCAGCCCAACAUGGGCUCCUUCAUGGGCGGCGGAAACAGUCAGGCAGCACACAACUUUGGUGGCAACCAUCACUACGGUGGCGGUGGAGGUGGAUACCCAGGCAACAACAGCGGAGGUGGAGGUGGCAGCAACAGCAUUGGGUCGCAAAUGGCUGGUUAUGCUUCCAACUACGUUUCCAACCAGGUCCACGGCUUUGUCGGGAGUCAUGUUCCUGGUGGAGGCAACUUCCCUGGAGGACAGGUCUUCCGUGAAGGCCCUGGUGGUGAUGGCGAUAACUACGGUCGUCGAGAGGCUUCUGGCCGCUACGAUGGUGGACGUCGUGAAGGCUCUGGAGGGUACGAUGGAGAUCGUCGUGAAGGCUCUGGCUAUGAUAGGCCUUCGUUCCCUCAGGCCGAACCUACUGGGCAUGAUCGAUACCACACCCAGGAAUACCCGGGUCAGGGAGGAUAUGCUCCUCCUGGUGGUCCACCUCCUGGUCAGGGGGUAUACGACGCUCCUCCCGGCGGUUAUGGUCAACAGGGCUACGGUCAGCAGCAGCAGCACCCUCCUCCCGGAGGAUAUGGUCAGGGUGGAUACAACAACAACCAUGGUGGAGGAUAUGGAGGCGGGUACGGAGGCGGGUACUAA